GAAAGUCCACAUGAGCCUGUUGCCAGUUAUUGAUCCUGGCGCGAUUGAACAACACUGCAUUGCCGUCAAGUACGAAAACAAUUCUCGCCACGUCUCUGCCGUGUUCGCAUUCGAUAAAUCGUUAACGUAAGGGCUGAUAAACGCCCUUAUCAUACCGUGUACGUCGUUUCGUGCGCGACACACGUUGCGAGGCUCCGUCGACACGUCUGCUAACGUACUGUCAAAAUGUAGAGGAAUCUCCAAGCCUUAGUAGCGUAGUAGUGUUCGCUGCGCCUCAAGAGCCGACGAGGACGGAGCUAUCAUGUCAUCGGAUUUCCGCGAAUGAGCUUGAGCUCGAAUCAAAAGGACGACAGCUGAAUUUUUCAAUUCGAGAAGAAAGAACGAGGCGGACGCACGAAUAAACGGCGCGGUUGCACAUGUGAUUCUCCCGUGUGGUCGACCUCAUUUGGCAGACGCGAUGAAGAAGUUCACGAUCAAGGGUGUACUCGACGGAUUCCGAUCGUCGGUCCCGCAGCCCGCUAAACCCGACCAGGAAAUCAUUGAGAACCUGAGACCGGAGCACUUUCAAGUUAAGAGGACAUUCAGACACGGCUUCCCGCAUCAGCCGACAGCGUUGGCAUUCGACCCAGUUCAAAGGCUCCUAGCCAUUGGCACUAAGUCAGGAUCCCUCAGGAUUUUGGGUAGACCGGGUGUAGACGCGCACGUAAAGCACGAAGGAUGUAGCGCUGUGAUACAACUGCAGUUUCUGAUCAACGAGGGUGCAUUGGUAUCGGCAACAGCAGAUGACACUUUACAUUUAUGGAACUUUCGUCAGAAGAUACCGCAGGUGGUGCAGAGUCUCAAGUUUCAAAGAGACAGAAUCACUUGCAUUCAUCUGCCGCUUCAAAGUAAAUGGUUGUACGUCGGAACAGAACGAGGAAAUAUCCACAUACUGCACAUUGAAACAUUUGUCUUAUCCGGAUAUGUCAUUAAUUGGAACAAGGCUAUUGAAGUAUCUAGAAAGACCCAUCCUGGUGCUGUAGUACACUUGAGUGAUAAUCCUUUAGAUUUGAGCAAGAUGCUCAUAGGAUACGAGACUGGGCAAAUUGUUUUUUGGGAUUUAAAGACAAAGAAUGCUGACUAUAGGUGUCAAACUGACGAGCCGUUGAAAUCGAUAACAUGGCAUCACGAAGGUAAACAAUUUAUGUGUUGCCACACGGAUGGUUCCCUUUCAACUUGGACUGUUCGACAAUUAAAACCAACGAAUGUGACAUUCCCACAUGCAAAAUCCACCAAGGAUGGAGAACCCGAAUCUUGCAAACCAAUUCAAAAAGUGGAAUGGAAAUUAUCGAGAGCAGGGGAAGCGUAUAUAAUAUUUUCCGGUGGGUUGGCAUGUGAUACUACUGGGAGAAUACCGAGCAUUACAGUGAUACAUGGAAAAACUACCACGGUACUCGAAAUGGAACAUAAUGUUAUAGACUUUGUAACGCUGUGUGAUAGUCCAUGGGCUAGUGAUUUUCAAGAUCCUUACGCUGUUGUUGUUCUACUACAAAAUGACUUGGUUGUGAUAGAUCUAUUAACUCCCGGGUUCCCUUGUUUCGAGAAUCCAUAUCCCAUGGAUAUUCACGAAUCUCCUGUGACGUGUUGUGCAUAUUUUGCGGAUUGUCCUUCGGAUUUGGUACCUGCAUUUUAUUCAGUUGGGUCCAAGUCCCAAAAGAAAACCGGCUUCAGCGAGAAAGAGUGGCCUGUUUCCGGCGGGGAGUGGAGCUCUAGUUCUAGUAGUUAUAACGAGAUUAUCCUCACUGGGCAUGCCGAUGGCAGUAUAAAGUUUUGGGACGCUUCAGCGGGAACGCUACAAGUCCUUUAUAAGCUAAAAACAGCAAAACUUUUUGAAAAGAGCAGAACACGUAGUAUAGAUUCCGAGGAAGAUCCUUUAGCAAUUCAACUUAUCUUUCUUUGUCCUGAAAGUCGGAAAUUAGCUAUUGCGGGAAGCGGUAAACACGUUGUGUUGUUUAAGUUUAAGAAGGUUGAAAGUAUGUCCGAAGUAGUGACUUUGGAGAUAUGUUUAACGGCGGAUCCAGGGAAAGAAGACUCACCGGAUCAUGAAUCACCAGCAACUGGAAACACCAUGGGAAAUGUGGAGUCGAAGAAUACAGAUUAUAAUCAUCCGCUCAAAAUCAAGACGGGCUUGCAGAAGAGAGCUGCUGGUUUUCAAGCAACAUUAAUUUGCUUGACAACGGCACCCAGUGGAGAGCAACCUGAGAGUAUAACAUCGCUUAGUUUAAAUUCUUCGUACGGCUUAUUGGCCUAUGGAAACGAGUCCGGUUUAGUGAUAGUGGAUAUCGUGCAGAAGAUUUCUUUGAUCGUAUUAAACACUAGUGAUCUUGGAGGUGGCGCUGAUCCUUAUCAACGUGUCUUACGUAGCCCCAAACGGCAGGAUGAGUCCAAACGGGAAAAUGAAGACAAGGCAAGAAGCCCAAGUACCGAUCAGAGCCAGCGAGAAUCCGCAAUGGAAUCCGAGCCAAUAAUCACAAGGAUAGCAGAUUCCACACAAGUGCAACAGCAACAAUGCCUUCGUAAUGAAAGUCAGACUAAGAUCAGUAAGGAUAAACCGAGUGGGGAGGAAUCUAUGAACGAACCUAAUAAGACAGGGAACCUUCCUAAUGGCGACGAGUGUCAGAAAAGUCAAGGUUGGAAGAGAUUCAGUCUCAAGAGACAACUGAGCAAGGUUGAUUUGAAGAUCAAAAAUACUUUUACACCGUCCUUGGUGUCUUCUCAGAAUGGGAGCUCAUCAUCGGGGCUCAUGCAAGUACCCCAGUGCCAACAAGUAGGCGGCGAUUCUGGCAACCAAAAGUCUUCUGUAUUUUACUGCAACACGAGCGAAGCGGCCAGCACAAGUCGCUCACUAUCGCCGGUCGAAAGUGUCGAUUCUGAAUCCUCCUUGUCGCCGGAAAAUCAAUCGCCCGGGCUCGAAAAUCCCGAGAUAAAUGAUGGAAAGCGAGAGAUUCAAGAAACUAAAAGCCCAACGGAAAGCGUAGAUCUAAAGACAAUAACAACGGCGACGAUGAUGACGACAAUAAACAACGACAAUAUUAGUAUGAAAACUGAGGCGGUGAGGCCGAUGAACCUAUCCUUGCCUGAACACGAAGUUAAACCGCCGAGACUGAAGCGUAUGGCCAAGAUGAAGCAAACGAAGAGAGAUAACCGCUUGCUCUCAGUGCCGAAUCUGAAAUUUCCCAAGAAUGAGACGACUGUUUGCGACCUAAGGUGCGAAGAGAGCGUUACAUCCGAAUCGUUCACCUGCAAUCUUAUAAGAAGAUUCAGUCGGGUAGACAAAUUUGACGGCUCUUUCCAAAGAUCAAGGAGCUCGAGUAUGUCGUCCCUCGAAAAUAUCACUACGGAAACCAUAAGCUGCCUUACAUUUGCGGAUUCUUAUAUAAAAAAAAGUGAUACAAACGGUUUGCCAACUUUGUGGAUUGGCACAUCCCUGGGAUCUGUACAAACUGUUGUAUUCAAUACACCUGCUCACGGAGAACGUCACGCUCAUCCAGUGGUUGUGUCUACCUGUAAUGGAUCUACUUUCAAACUCAAGGGUUGUAUCCUCUCCAUGUCGUUCUUAGAUUGCAACGGUGCGUUGAUUCCAUAUUCAUUCGAAUCUUGGAAAGACGAAAAUGUGGAUGGCAAAGAACGCAACAAGAGUCAAGGGAAAUGCACAAAUAGCCGAAUGUCACCGUCGACGAAUACACAAGUUACUGGAGAUACUUUUGAAGAUAGACAAUUCGUUGUGCUUGCAUCGGAGAAACAAGCGAGAGUCGUAGCAUUACCCUCUCAGAAUUGUGUAUAUAGGCAACAGUUGGCGGAAACUCAUAUCGUAAUUAAAGCGGAGGUUACGACUUUGAAAGAUAAUGUCUGCCUGGUAUGCUAUGUUUCUAAUGGUCACGUCACAACGUAUAGCCUGCCCAGUCUUAGACCACUGAUAGACGUCGAUUUUCUACCUCUUAUAGAUUUGAGUUUUCAGACCACAAAACAGGGCAUUGUAGACCCCAUGUUGUCCAUAUGGGGUCAUCAACUCUUUGUUAAUGGCGAUACCGAUCAGAUUGCAAAGACCCUUUGCUUCAGCAACCGAGGCCAUGGUUUAUAUCUAUCGUCACCUAUGGAGAUUCAGAAGUUUUCCAUUUCGAGUGAAUUCUGCGGUGAAUUGACAGAGAUGAUGGGUGAUCUGUUCAUCGGCCAUGAUAUGCCAGAACCGCCUAAAGAGAGUUUCUUCAAAGGCUUAUUCGGUGGUGGUUCGAGGAGCCUCGACCGAGAAGAGUUGUUCGGUGAAUCCAGCGGCCGUGCGUCGCGCACGGUGGCGAAACACAUUCCAGGACCAAAUGAGGCUCUCCGAGAGCGAGUUUCUAGCGCGACCGGUGAAGUGAACAUGGCACAUCAGAUGGUUGUGGAGCGUGGAGAGAAGCUGUCGCACCUCGAGGAACGGACAGCGCGCAUGAUGUCGGAGGCGGAGAAUUUCUCGCAAACCGCUCAUGGACUGAUGCUCAAAUACAAGGACAAGAAAUGGUAUCAGCUAUGAGAACACAAUUUCGCUCGAGCUCCAUAAAGAAUGGCACACGUUUCUUUCAUUACUUAGCUUCUUAGUUAGUUUGUAUUUCGUUUUUGAGUUUUCUCGUACUAUAUAAAAAGGUUUAGACGUACUAUGAUCUUCACACACGCACAUAUGGGGAAACAUCUAUACUACGAAGGGCAGGGAUAAGAAAAUAUUAAUAUAAAUACAAUCACAUUUAUGCGGCGCACAUGGUACACACGCACAUUCCGUAAUAAUAUAAUAACGUCAUGGAAACGUGCGAUCGGAAAUUUUCAUGGGGAUGAACGAAGGAAUGUAGAGGUAUUGUCGCGAUGUAUUUGUGCAUGCGUAUAAGAGACGUACGUAUAAUUAUUAUUACAUAAAAUAUAUAAAGUAUAUAUAUAUAUAUAUAUA